AUGGUUCUCGUUGUUCUCCCUGCCCUGAUUCCUGACAUCAGGAGACUCUACGAUGUCUACUUCUCCGCUUUCAAGCAUGACAAGAUGGGUCAGAUUCUUCUGCAAAUUUUGUUUCCUGGAAGUCUUGUAGAUUCGGAAGAGUUCAGGGCAGCUCAUGCGGCUGGCACCCUCGACUAUUGGCACAAGAGCAGUGUUCAAUACACGUUCAAGUGCGUGGAUAGUGAGACUGGAGAGAUCGUCGGCAUUGCUCUGGGAGACGUCUAUCUGCAGCCACGCAGCGAAGAGGAGCGGAAAUUCGAAGGUGUUCCUUGGCUUCAAGGAGAGCAAAGAGAACGUGCCGAAAAAGUGCUGAAGCCUCUCUGGGAGGUACGCGAGAAUUUGUUUGGAGGACAGCCAUAUCUCUACGUGCAUGUUAUCGGCGUGGAGCCCAAGCACCAGGGUCGCAAGGCAGGGGCCGCAGUAAUCGAGUGGGGAACCGACCUCUGCGAAAGAACAAACCUUCCUCUUUACUUCGAAUCCUCUCCUUCGACAGUUGCUCUCUAUGAGAAAUGGGGAUACCAGCGUCUAAACGAGAAGAUUGUCCACAGCGCAGAAGUGCUGGGUACAGAGACAGACAUUGAGGUGCCUCUGAUGGUCAGAAUGCCCUCGGGGGCUGGCGGCAUUGACUUCUACGACUGGAAAGCCAAGGGCUACCCUCCAUUUUCCGGCCGAGUGCCCAAGAAAAUGCCAAGUCCCAGCAGCCAGCCGAAGGAGGUCAAGGACACUGCCACAGAGGCCAAUGGUGCCAAGCCAACCACUAUCGCCGUGACCCAGGUCACCAACGGCACGAAGGUGGUGACAGGGGUAACAGCAGUGACCGAGGUGAAUGGACUCAACACGAGCGGAGCUAAGGCCUCCUCGGCCUGGGCAAGAUGGUGGAGGAGGAGCGGGAUAAAGAACGCAGCCGAUACCGCCGCGCCAAGCCAGAUUAUCAGAUCCUCUGAUAAUCACUAG